AUAGGAUAGAAAGAAAGAAGGAAGAAGAAGAAGAAGAAGAAGAAGAAGAAGAAGAAGAAGUCGUAGUAUAUAAACCCCCUAACAAUCCCUCCCUUUCCCCACUCCCCAGCUCUCUCUUCUCUCUCAAAAAAAGGCAUUAAAAUCGCAACAAACACAUCAACAAAAAAUUUCAAUUCCACUCUCACUUCUUCUUCCUCUUCUUCUCUAAAACCCUAAUCAUCCAUCUCAUUCUUCCUCCUUUUUCUCCAAAUCAUCUCUUCAAAUUCCCGAUUCCAUUUCCAUACUUCCUCCUCUCAAGAUCCGCACCUCUUUCUUCCAAUUCUUGAUUUCCGGAGUCCUCCUCUUCUCGUUGAACUCUGGCGGUUUUCGUCUUCUUGUAAAUGGCGGAUCCGCCGGGAAUCCGCUUUCUUGAUGCCUUUUCUGGUUUUUGUGAAGCUGCGACUGUUUUCGGUUUUUCUUCUAUGCCGCGUUGUGUCGAUUGACGAGAGUAAAGUAUGCUGAGCGUGGUACGCGUGCACCUGCCUUCUGAUAUUCCUAUUGUAGGCUGCGAACUUACGCCCUACGUUCUCCAUCGCCGCCCCGAUAAGAAUAUCAGUACUGACGAUGUAUCUGAGUCGGCUCCUCUUGAUGGUCAAUUUCUGAGAUACAGAUGGUAUCGCUUACAAAGUGAUAAAAAAGUUGCUGUUUGUAGUGUACAUCCUUCUGAGGCAGCCACUUUGCAAUGUUUAGGUUGUGUUAAAGCCAAAAUCCCUGCUUUUAAAAGUUAUCACUGCACCACCAAAUGCUUCUCAGAUUCUUGGCAGCAUCAUCGUGUCCUACAUGACCGUGCUGCAAGUGCUAUGAAUGAAAAUGGUAAUGAAGAGGAAGAGUUAUUUGGACGUUAUAAUAAUAACAAUAACAACAAUUCUGCAGCCGUUACACAAAAGACAGGCGUGGAAACUUGGUUAGAAGUAGGACGAUAUAAGAGUUACACACCAACUGCUGAAGAUAUUGGCCAGGUCCUCAAGUUUGAAUGUGCUGUUGUGGAUGUGGAAACGAUGUUACCUGUGGCAUCUCCACUUACUGUAUUAACUUCUCGUGUCAUUCCAGCUCCAUCCCCUAGUCCACGUCGAGUAAUACCUGUUAAUGGGGUAGAUGUGAUGGGAAAGCUGGAUUUGGAUGGUCGAGUAUCAUCUUCAGGAACGUUUACUGUGCUUUCCUACAAUAUUUUGGCUGAUGUAUAUGCCACAAAUGAAGCGUUCAGUUAUUGCCCUUCAUGGGCCCUUUCAUGGCCAUAUCGCCGGCAAAAUCUGCUUCGGGAAAUAGUUGGUUAUCGUGCAGAUAUAAUUUGUCUUCAGGAGGUUCAGAGCGAUCACUUUGUGGAAUUUUUUGCUCCUGAACUUGACAAACAUGGUUAUCAGGCACUUUAUAAGAGAAAAACCAACGAGGUCUACAAUGGGAAUAUUCAAACUAUUGAUGGCUGUGCAACAUUUUUCCGUAGAGAUAGAUUUGCACAUGUCAAAAAAUAUGAGGUUGAGUUCAACAAAGCUGCACAAUCUUUAACUGAUCCAGCGACUAUUCUAACUGCUCAAAAGAGAAAUGCUUUAAACAGAUUAAUCAAGGAUGAUGUUGCACUUAUCGUAGUUCUUGAAUCAAAAUUCAGCACACCAACGGUUGACAAUCCAGGAAAGAGGCAGCUUGUUUGUGUGGCUAAUACGCAUAUUAAUGGGAACCAAGAUUUAAAAGAUGUCAAGCUCUGGCAGGUGCAUACUCUAUUGAAAGGUCUGGAGAAAAUAGCCGUGAGUGCAGAUAUUCCAAUGUUGGUCUGUGGGGAUUUUAAUUCUGUCCCUGGAAGUGCUCCACAUCAUCUUCUUGCUAGGGGGAAGGUAGAACCAACACAUCCAGAUUUAGCUGUAGAUCCUCUUAAUCUAUGUCAACCACAUAGCAAAUUGUCACAUCAGCUACCUCUGGUUAGUGCUUACUCAUCCUUCGCAAUAAAGGGCGUUGGCAUCGGUUUAGAUAAGCAGAGGAAAAGACUGGAUCCUACAACAAAUGAACCCUUAUUUACAAAUUGUACUAGAGAUUUUAUCGGAACUCUGGACUACAUUUUCUACACAGCGGACACUUUAACAGUGGAGUCUUUGUUAGAGCUGUUGGAUGAGGAAAGCUUGAGGAAAGAUACAGCCCUUCCAUCUCCAGUGUGGUCCUCCGAUCAUAUAGCACUUCUUGCCGAGUUCCGGUGCAAAUCUCGGCCUAGACGUUAACCAAAAUAGUGCAGUUGUUCUUCAGGUGUGUGUGUGUGGAAGAAAAGCACGAAAGCCAGCAGCAAAGAAAGGGAAGGAAAAAGGGAUGGUAAAAAAUCUAUUAAGAAAUGGUGUUUGGAUCAAAUUGUUAUCUCCAAGCGGGUGAGAGAGAGAGAGAGAGAGAGAUCGAUCAUUCCCUCACUAUGAUGAGAUCUGCUUUUGUAUUUCUGGUACCUUCCUUCUUCUCCAUAGUAAAAGUUUUUUUAAUCUUUCAAUGCCUUAAAA